AUGGAGGGUCACUGGCGAAAAUAUCCCUCCUCCUCCUCGACUUCCUCGUCUUACACCUACCCACCUAGUGACCAUGUAGGCGAUGGGCACCGAGGAACCAACAGCAGGAGGAGUAGUAGGAGGGGUAGGGAGGAUGAUGGAAUCAAAGGCGUUGAAAUCUCGUUGCAGUUCGGCUUGAAACAUUCCAACGCGCCAGGAAUUAGUCGUCCUCGUGCCCCGGGCCUGAGAAUUAUGAUUCCGGGGGUGGAAGACGGAGGUCGAGAUGGAAGUGGGGGAGGAGGGAGUAGUAUAAUAUCUUCGGAUUUUCCUUCUUGCUCUUCAUUCAGCUUGUCGAGUAUAUCGUUGGAUAGAUCCUCUGAACGUACUCUCACCGCCACGGAAUAUCUCACUCAUAAUACCAAGCCGAAGAAGGUUGAAUCUUGUGUUCCAAUGCACGCGCUCAGCACAGCGAUGCUGAGGCAGAAGAAGUCCUUCUCGGACUACAUCUCGGGGGUGAAGUCUGGCCUCAAAGCCUUCUUGGGAGUAAAGAACAGCACCCGUGAUGAGGAGAGUCUGCAGAAGAUUUGUUACUCUCUUGUCAAUCUGCCCGAAGAGGAGAUCUCCUCCAGACGGGCUGCCCGCUCCGAGAACUUGGGUUGCACAGUCUUCAAGAGGCAGUCUCUCACACUCCUUGUAAAGGCUUUGAGAAAUAGGCAGUUCGAAUUGAUGCUCCCCUCUAUUCCGGAAACCAUGACCUCUGGGGGUCUCGAAUCUGUCCUAGCCGGCGAUGCCGAGGAGCAAGGCCACGGGGGAAGCUUCGAGAGAUUCGUUUCUAUGCUGCCCGAAAGCUGCAGAGACAUCUCCGAGAAAGCCAGCCCCCUUGGCCUCGUCCCCAAGCUACUACCCUACGGAGAAAUAUCUGCCAAUGCCCGCUACAUAGGAAGCUGCUUCUGGAUGUGGUUGUGUAUCAUAGAUGGUACCACCACCCCGCCCAUCCCUUCCUCUUUAGUCUUCCACACUUUCGCUAACUUCUACAACUCCCAGACUUGACGGAAACCCUCACAGGUGAAGCCUGGGGAAAAGCCGAAUCGGACCUCUUGAGGAUCUUCUCCGAAUGCCCCCAAGGGAGCCCAUCCUCCCCGUCCUCCACGGCCACCAGCACCACCAUCAAGCCGCCAGCCAGCGACAUAGUACAAGUCUCCACAGCCCUAAGAACAGUAAUCGACGAAACAGCCCUCCAAGAAUCCCCUACCAACAGCAGCAGCAGCAGCAGCAGCAGUCAUCACACGAAAGAUGACCACUUCUGGCGCCCCAUGUUCCUCGAAGCCGUGCGCGAAGUGAUCAUGGGUUUCCGCGCAGAACGCCCCCUCCUUGCGAAUAACGGCGCGAGUAGUAAGAUCGACCUCGCAGAGUGGAUGCGUGUCAGAAUAAUCACGAUCUCAGGUGAGACCGCUACCAACUCUCCCGGGUGUGCAUAACAACGGGUUCGAGCUAACACCAAUAGUCCGCCCCUUCAUGAUAAUAGCCCGCGCAAGCCUGGGCCUGGACCCCACGCUCUCCCCUUUAGGCAACCCCCUAGCGGAAAAUUACCAAGACCUCCUACGCACCUCGAAAGAAUCCAACAGAAACAACCUAGCAAAAGUCGAAUGCCUGCUGCAACUGAUUAUGGGAUUACAAAAUGACAUCAUAGGUACUCUACCCUUCUACCCACCUAAUUUGCAUCACAAAAUAUCACUCUAACUAACAACUCCCCCUCUCCCCUCUUUCAGGCUGGGAAAAGGACCACAAGACAAAAACCCCACUCAACACGAUCCAGAUCCUGAUCAAGGGUGGGAAAAGGCCGACAAAAGCCCUCGCCCAGGUGAUAGCGAUUCACAAUGAAUUAGUAGAGCACCUCGCCAAUUACGGAGACUGGGUGUGGAACGAGACAUUCAGGCUACCCCCCCUGACGCCGCUGCCUGACGGACAGUUCCUGAAUUGUCGGGUUCACAGCGACGCUAACGGCGGCGGCGGGUUGGUGAAUUCGAUUUUCACCGUGCCUUUGCCACCCGCAUCCAGCGGUAGCAGCACUGGGGGUAGUGGGGGGGGAGGGGGAGGUCUAAGGGUGUUUGGAAAUCACUUUUGCACAACGAGCAAUCAUAGUGGGAGUGCAGCUUCGUCCCUGAAGACCGGGGAUGGGAGGGGGGAUAACAGGGACUCCCUGCUAUCCACCAGAAGGCCGGGAACCGCCUGCUCCACCGUGGCCGCUACGGGGAGUGACGAGAACCUGAGAAAGUACCUCGAGUUGGCUGUUGGUUUCUCGGCCGGGAUGGCGAGUUGGAUGGUGGAUAGUCGGAGGUAUGUUGUUUGA